UAAUUUUGAGGAGUAAAUCUUACUUCCUCGUUCUACUUAUUACACAAUCAUGGCACAACUUGUGUCUGAAGUUAGUAAACUUGUCAAGAAGUGCAAUCAACUGUCAAAUGAAAACUUAGAGCUACGACAGGAACAGGAAAAUCAUGCUACUGCGAUACGAGAGCGCGACGCACAAAUAUCAGAGCUGAACGGGAUGAUUCAAAUUCUGCGAAGGGGGGCGGCUUCAUGCUUAGAUUCAGAAAGGCGGCUAGCGCUUGAAAAUGCGACCCUUCUUGAUUCCAAUCAGAAUCAAAGUCUGGAACUUAAAGAGCGGGUGAAGAAAAUACAUCAACUUCAGGCUGAAUUAAAGAAAGCCCGUCUCGAUGGUAUCGAGGUAAAAGGUCAACUGACGUCACUGAGGUCUAAGGUCACCGCUGCUUAUGAACGUAUCCAACAGCUGGAGACUGAGAAUGCUCAGUUAAAGGCUGACUUGAACGUUGCCAGACAGGAAUACGAGCCCUCUGCGUUUAAUUCAGAGCACCCCCCUCAGCUUGAAGAAGAAGAAGAAGAAGAGUAUGAUGAUGAUGAUGAUGAAGAAGAUGAGGAAGAAGAAGAAAACGAAGUCAAUAGCCAUACUGACACCACAGCUGGUGAAGUUAGGAGACAGGUGACAGGAAACGAUACAGAGGCUGGGGAACGAGUGAAAAGCAACGAUGUCUUGUAUGUGAAAACAUAUGGACAGAUCUUUUAUACAUCUUACGGUCUAGUAGUUAAAGUAUCGGAUAUUAUACGUCAGUGUGAUGAACACAAUAAAGAGCAUUUUGGUUGGUGUCCACAUGGAUAUCGAUAUUGAGAACAAGUGCUUUGGCCUGGUGACAACAGAACACUUGCAGAGGUCGGAAUCCCACCUAACGCAAUGAUCCACUGUGGUCCAACAAUAGAAGCGAUGAUGGAUGCAGCCAAACAGGCACAUGAAAAUCAUUCUGCAAAAUGAGAUGUUGUGCUGCACCAAUGCAGACGCACCAAACGUGAGCGCCAACAAGAAUGGUCAUAAAGAACACGCGUUAUGUUUUCUUUAAAUCUAAUCAAAAUCAACUGUGACAGCUGUGAAGUGAUUUUUAAAAUUGUAACUCAUCUACUAUUAAGUUCAACUCUUACAUUUGUAACUCUUAGGUAAUUUAUAAGUUGUGUAUAUUGUGUAAAUAGAAUCUACAGGUAUAUGUGUGUGACUUUUUAAAAAAUCUAAUAAUUAAGAGGAAAACAAAUGUUGUAUGUGUUUAAUUGACCCGAAAAAGACACUGGACAUACGGAACUACUUCCAUAUCGAAGUAACUGGUAACGUGAGCUACUUGCCAACGGCUAAGUACGAGAAGAACCGAAAACAUAUAUGUAAUACGAUACGUGAAUGUACAAGCUAACAAUGUAUAACACUGUAUUGCAGUUUACUUUCUUUUCCUUUGAAUAGCUUAAUACAUACCACCACAAAGAACAUACAGUGUAGGUAUAAAGUGCGCGUCAUUCAUUUACCUGUACAAUUUGCUGAAUCUGCUCACAACCUUCAUUCAGCCUUGUUCGCUUUCAGAAAGAAAUGAGCACGCAGCUAGCUAGAUGUCAAGCGUGUCCAAGUUAGAUCAAUAUACCAUAUGUUCUACAGUAAAUUCUGCAUUUCCUUUACGAAAAUGAAACAUUUCACCUAUUUUUUUCUUUAUUCCAAAGACAAUCAACAACAUGAAUGCGCCCCUUUUACAGGGUACCUGGAAGGCGGUAGUACCUGUUAAUGCAAAUCAAUGCGCUUCGUUGAAAACCAAAGUUUUCGGAGAAGUAGGUUGCUAUUUAACCAGGAUCGAGUGGCAAAGGGUCACCUAGUAGAAUGUAUGGAAGAAAAAUACUGUUACAGCUGAUGUAAUGGGGACAGUGUAUGGUCUACACACGCAUGUAUACAUGUAUCUGCUGAACUGGAUAAAAUCGAUUCAUACAAUGAAAUUUACAAAUGUUCAAGUUGAUCAAGUCCUGAAACAGGCCAGGUGGUAACAGAGUAGUAUCGCGGAUCAUAUUGUAAAUAGGGGACAAUUUAAUCUAAGUUGUCCAGUGUCUCCAAACCAACAAAACUAUAUAUUUGUUGAACGCUUCUCUGAUAUUUACUCCAACAUAAAAAUAGUCUUAAAAGUUGACUCAACGCAUAAAGUACCAUCCUGAUAAAUCCCACGUGUCACACAGGAAUAUUCAAGCCCUCUGUGUUUCGUGUCAAAGAUGAAGAUCGAGCUACUUGAACAGUUCACACUUUAGUGUGUUAUGGAAUAUACUGAUAUCUAGCGGCACGAUAUUGGGCACGUACUUAGCGUAUGGUCCACAGUCACAGCCAAACAGUUGCUCAAGUUCCACCCAAAACUAGCAAACUAAUGCCGGCAUAGUUUCGGUUUACAUUUUACAUAAAAGUGGGUGAUUUCGGCUCUCUAAGUCAGAGUAUUCCUUUGC